GUAAACAAAGGGGACUAUCAAGGUGAGGUGGUCCUCUUGGGGUCCUCUGAAGCCCAGCAGAAGGCCAAGGAGAUGAUUGAAGAACUGGUGUCAGAUAGCAACUCUGAAAAUGGUCCUGGUAGAGGGGGGCACUUUGGAGGUGGCUCCACGGGGGGUGGCAAUGGAGGAUGCUACAGAGGGAAAGAAGAUGGAGGAGAGACAGAUAGCUCUUGCUGGUCUGCUGCAGAAUUAAAGAAUUCGACUGAUGUCCCGCCCCUCCCCGUAAUGGAUUGGAAAAACCUCCGGGAGAACAAGGGAAAGUUUCUAGAGCUCAAGUGGAAAGACGUCCCACCACUGAAGAAGAACUUUUACACGGUGGCAGAGAGUGUUUCCAUACUCUCAGCGGAGGAAGUCAUUGAAUGGAG